UUUACUGUCAAACGUCGUCAUAACCUAAUAUUAUUGAAUCCUGUUGAGGGACGUUCUUCUUAAAUGUUAAACUGAUUGCGAUCAAUGCCCUAUAGUUUCUCCUUGGUCUCGUUAAACAGAUAAAAUACACAAAACCAGAAUGGUUGUCUCAACCGGCCUUUCUUUCAUUAUAUCCUCCAUUAGCGCCGUGUUGAUAUUCUCUGGAAUGCAAAUGUACAAGCCAUGGCUUAGUUCAUCCCAGAUCCAUACAGUAUUCGGGGGGUAUUUAGGUUCAUUAUUUUUCACGUUUGUAUUGACUGCCGUUGGCAAUUUAGAAAAUUGUGUUUUUGGCAAGACAUACCAGUCCAAAAUGUUUCCGGAAGCCGUGUUUUCUAUUUUGUUAGCACUAUUUGCUUCAGGGAUGAUACAUAGAGUUUGUGCAACAACCUGCUUAAUAAUCUCAGGAUGUGCUUUGUAUUACAUCAAUAAAUAUUCCCAAAAAGUAUAUGCCAUACAGAAUGCCCCAGUUGUCACACAAACUAGUCGUAAGAAGAAAAAUUGAUGACUUCCUUAAUAAGGAUUUUCAGGAAUAUUUUUAUACGUAUUUUUGUUCAAUAAACCAUGUAUUAUGAAUGA